AUGAUUAGAAUAAUAAUAACAUUUAGCACAUUAGAAGAAGGGCAGGAUAAGAGAGUUAAUUUUUAUCUGCUAUCUUAUAGAGUGAUAGAAUUAAUUCUUUUGGUGUCUGACUAAACUGUUAAAAGAGUAUCGCCAACAAAGCAAAAACUUUCCUCACAUUUUUGA